GUGCAAUAUUCAUACCAUUUUCCUAAUUGAUAAACACGUUGUAUAUAAUCUUUUUUUAAAAAAAAUUGAAGAGGAAUUAUCGGUCGAGUUCUUCCUAUUUCUCUUCUUUCAUUUCUUUCAGUUUGAGCGAAAAUCCAAUAGGUAGUGAUUGGAGUCAACUCCACCAUGGGAAUUGUUCCUAAUCUCAAUUCCGAUCAACUCCAAUUCUUUCACUCUCACGGUUAUCUUGUGAUUGAAUCAUUCGCCACUCCUGAUGAAGUUCAUGCCAUGAGAAACCGGAUGGAACUGUUGCUUCAUGGAUUUGACUGCUCCACUUCCUCUGUUUUCUCUACUGUUAAUCAGCUGUCUACCGACGAUUACUUCCUCCAAAGCGCUGAGAAUAUUUCCUUCUUUUUUGAGGAAAAAGCAUUUGGAGAGAAUGGAAACUUGAAACAAGGAAAGGAGCUCUCAAUUAACAAAGUUGGUCAUGCAUUACAUGAGUUAGACCCAGUUUUCAAAAGCUUCUCCGACUCUGAGAAGUUUUCAGGUUUAUUGUUGUCAUUGGGAUACAAGAGGCCGAUAGCCAUUCAGUCUAUGUACAUAUUUAAGCAACCAGGUAUUGGAGGUGAAGUAGUGCCUCACCAGGAUAACUCGUUUCUUUACACUGAACCAACUACAUGCACAGGGCUGUGGCUGGCACUUGAAGAUGCAAAUACGACAAAUGGCUGUCUUUGGGCUAUUCCUGGAUCACAUAAAAAUGGACUUGUUAGAAGGUUUCUUAGAGGCGACAAAGGAGUGUACUUUGAUCAGCCUUCUCCUACUUACGACAAGAAAGAUUUUGUGCCUAUUGAAGUGAAAGCUGGAUCUUUGGUUGUCAUUCAUGGAGACGUUAUUCAUCAAAGCUUUGAGAAUCAGUCUCCAAAAUCAAGACAUGCGUAUAGCCUGCACGUGGUUGAUACAGAAGGUUGUGUAUGGGCUCAAGAUAAUUGGAUUAGGAGAAAAGUGCAACUUGAGCCUCUAUAUGAAACUUGAUCGAAUCUCAUGGUUUGUUUCUUCUCUACAUCUUCAUAAAAAGAGGGGGAAAAACACUUGCCCCCGGUGUUUCGACAAACACAGCUGUCACGAAGGUGCUGAAAUUUAAUAAGAUAUGUAAUCUUUCUAGCUUAAAGAGUUUCCUUACUAUUGUUGCUAAUUGUUCAAAACUUUCCAAGCUUUAUAUAUAUAUAUAUUUUAGUUUUGAACAAUAUUUUCACAACCCAGGAUAGACCACGAAUCUGCUGGUGGAGAGAGCUCAAUUCACCUGUCCAAAACACCAACACAUCGGAUAGGUUCCAUUAGUACACUCAAAUCUAAUUAUCAGAUGAGUCAGGAAGGGGUUUCAAAAAAAGAAAAUUAUGAUUCAACCUAUAAACAUUAGAAAAGUACCUUAAACUUCUUAUACCUAUAGUAUUUGCACGUACUUUGUAUCAGACAUUGAAGGCUAGAAAAAGUGUGUUAAAGGCAUUGAGAUAUACUGCUAGCAUAUUUGAGUUUAGUUGCAAUUCUAA